UUCAUCACUAGCUAGUAGGGAAAACCCAGAAUACACUGUACAGGCUGUCUUCAAUUUGUAGAAAACUCUCUCAGAAACAUCCUUCUGUUCUGUGAAAAUGAUAUUACCAUUAAUAUUUCUCUGUUGUGUUUUUCAUUUAGUUUCAGCUCAACUUCGAGUUGGCUUUUACAAUUCUACCUGUCCACAAGCUGAAACUAUUGUUCGACAAGCUGUGCAAAAGCAGUUUAAUAGCGACCGUUCCAUCACUGCAGCUCUGCUUCGCAUGCAUUUUCAUGACUGCUUUGUGAGAGGUUGUGAUGCAUCCAUACUCAUAAAGUCAACAAAGUCUAAGCAAUCGGAAAGAAGUGCUGGACCAAAUCAAACAGUACGAGGUUUCGAGCUUAUAGAUAAUAUUAAGAAAAACAUAGAAACAUCAUGUCCAUCGACUGUUUCAUGCACUGACAUAAUAACACUAGCAACCCGGGAUGCAGUAGCGCUAGCUGGAGGUCCUACCUAUGACAUCGCAACUGGAAGGCGAGAUGGCCUGGUUUCAAAUGCAGCAGAUGUAAACUUGCCAGGUCCAUCAUUUACAGUUCCACAAGCCCUCCAAUCGUUCACAAACAAAGGGUUGUCCUUAAAUGAUAUGGUGACCUUAUUAGGAGCUCACACUGUCGGAGUUGCACACUGUAAUUUUUUUCAAAAUAGGCUUUCUCCAGUACCUGAUAACACCAUGGAUCCUACUUUGGCUGCCCAACUCUUGAAAACUUGUUCGAAAAGUACCGCAACGACGUUUUUGGAUCAGAAUACAUCUUUCACAGUUGACAACCAAUUCUUUAGACAAAUCAUGUUAAAAAAAGGCAUUCUGAAGAUUGAUCAAGAGCUUACCUUGGAUAAGUCUAGUGCUUCAAUUGUUUCAGGUUUUGCUUCCAAUGAGAAUACAUUCAGACAGAGUUUUGCAAAUGCAAUGAUAAAAAUGGCAAGUAUUGAUAUUCUCGUAGGACGCGCUGGAGAAAUUAGGAAAAAUUGUGGGGUCUUUAAUCCGCCAAAUCAGAAGGGUCGCAAGGUUCUUUAGGAAGCAUAAGUUAUGAUAUAUGAUGUUCGAAAAAGAAUUUUAUUUUCCAAUAAGUAGUAGGUGCAUGUUUUCGCAUUAUUUUAAGGAAAUUGUAAAAUAUCUAGGCAUUAACAUUUUGUAUUAUCUAGGCACAAUUAUAUAUUGAAAAAAAAAACACUAAGAACUCCUUUUAAAAACUUUAUGACCAAAAUGCUUUCUUUUAUAAAAAUAACAUAAUAUGUCC